CUCAUCAGCGUCGUCGUCCUCAUAUUCAGACAGGCGUCCACCGCCUCGUCCCCCUAUUCAGAUAUAGUGAACAUCUUGCGGUCUCCGGCCGAAAGGCUAAAGGAGCCCAGAGUUCAGCCAUAUAUCGCUCCGUCAUCUUUAUUUGAUGACGCGAAGCUCAUUUGCAGGCCCAUCGGCCAUAUCUCGCUCCGUCAUCUUUAUUUGAUGACAUGGCGCUCUCAUAUAGGCCUCUCUCGGCCAUACAUCACCCCGUCGUCUUUAUUUGACGACGUGGAGCUCUUAUGCAGGCCCCUCGGCCGCACCAUCGCCCCGUCGUCUUUAUUUGACGACGUGGAGCUCUUAUGCAGGCCCCUCGGCCGCACCAUUGCCCCGUCGUCUUUAUUUGACGACGUGGAGCUCUUAUGCUGGUCCCUCGGCCGCACCAUCGCCCCGUCGUCUUUAUUAGACGACGUGGAGCUCUUAUGCAGGCCCCUCGGCCGCACCAUCGCCCCGUCGUCUUUAUUUGACGACGUGGAGCUCUUAUGCAGGCCCCUCGGCCGCACCAUCGCCCCGUCGUCUUUAUUUGACGACGUGGAGCUCUUAUGCAGGCCCCUCGGCCGCACCAUCGCCCCGUCGUCUUUAUUUGACGACGUGGAGCUCUUAUGCAGGCC